CGAACCUCGUCCAACCCCUCAUUGAUCGACAAUUUGAGUAGUAUAAUUAUAAGUUCAGCAAUUCCCAUAACUUCAGACACCUUUCGUCUUUACGAUCAACACGAUUUGCAACCUUCUCGUGUGCCUUUACUUGCAUAUUUUCGAUCACAGGAAUUUUUGUACGGUCCCGCUAUCAGCCAAAAAGUGGUGUGCUUGAAAAUCAAGUCAUCUGCCUCCACUCUACAUCCAGUUGACCCAUUUUCGGGCGCACAUUGAGACCUUGGGCGUAAAAGGACGUAUUUGGUCGCCGCGACAAAGGUCGAUAUACAGUAAUACAGUAAUUUUUUCAAUACACUUUACUUUUCAAUAUAAUGGAGAAGGCGAUGCCAGCUGUCCGUGCACCAUUCAACCAGUCGGCUGGAUCGUCGCAGGAUGUGAAGGAACGGUUCUAUCGACACUUUCAAGAAGAAGUGACAGGUAGGUCAAGGUCUGCCCGGCUACUGAACCUAAUAAUCUGGGAAUGUUAAUCUUUCAAUAGAUCUCCAACAGCGAAUAGGCCAGCUCGGGAAUCUCUCCUUGGUUGGAGGGGAAAGGCAAGAUGCUACAGACUACUGCCUUGCCAGUAUCACAAGACUAUCCAAUGAAGUCGUCGAUGCCACUGAUUAUCUUCCAGCAUAUGAUCAGAGAACUUAUUCUCAGGCAAGGAUAUCCUCAAAGAUCGAUGCACCUAUACUGAUGACGGCCAGGCCAUUAAAGGUCUUUCAGAGAAUUUACAAGAGGUGAAAGCCAAAGCCGCACCAAGAACUAGGUUUCGGUUCACAUCUACGAGCAAGAAUAGUUCCGCGGUUUCUAUCAACGACGCCGCUCAGCUAGCCAAAGAAAGUCUUGAUGCUGCUAUGAAGUCGUCCAUAAUGACUUCUACUGAAUCAUCAAUAGCUACGACGCCAGCUGAUUCAAUGACACCACUUAAUGAAAACAGCGCUAGAGACAUCGUUGGCGAUCUCCCUUCUUUCCCCAAGAAUUAUAAUGACGAGAUGGCCACUGCCUCUGACCAAAUUCGAAAGCCGAGUUUCUCAGAAGCAAGCACCAUAAAUAUCACAGGUCACACUGGUCUUCACAUUAUCCUACCUUCGUCAGCAUCCCGCGCAACCUCUUCUGGGGCUAUAACGAAACUUAAUAGGUGUAUUGUCGACAUGUCGGUACCGACGGCCAACGGAGCUCCUUUUGCUGGGCUUGCCUUGAAGAACAUUAAGCAUUCUUUAGUUAUAGCUGGGCAUGUAGCAGGACCAGCGCAUAUUACCAGUGUUGAGGAUAGCAUAAUUGUCGUUACGUCAAGACAAGUCAGAAUGCAUGAGUGUAAGAAUGUUGAUAUAUACCUGCAUUGUGCUAGCCGGCCCAUCAUCGAGGACUGUAGCAAUGUUAGAUUUGCACCAAUCCCGGAUCCCCAGGUAUGUUCUACCAUACUUUAUAGCUAAUAACAGAACACUGACAUUAUGUUUAGAAUGUUACGGAUGAAUCCAUCGAAAACCAAUGGGAUCAGGUUGAUGACUUUAAGUGGCUUAAAGCAGAGCCUAGUCCAAACUGGACUAUCUUACCCGAAGAGGAGAGAUUGAAAGAGGAAAUUUGGACCGAUGUUGUACCAGGAGGACCGGCGUUCGGGCUUGAUGAUAUUCUGAAGAAGGUUGGGCUCGUGGGGCGAUAAUUAUCAUUGACCUCCCUCGAAGCGUACAGUCCUCUGAUGCAGGUCAAGCAGUGUACAUAAAAUGAAUGUUUAGGUAAUGCUAUAGCGUAGUAAUAAAACGUUUCUU